AAUCAUUAGGUGUGUCUGGUUACUUUCCCUGCAGGAAUUGUCCAGUAACUUCUUUCUGAGAGAGUAAGGUAGUUUUAUUCUCUUUUGCAAGAAAAAUGCGAAAAGUAAACAGACGGCAUCCCUGCAGAAGCUUGCAACUAAUCAGCUGAUUUGUCAAAACAAACCAAUUUGUCCGCCAUUAUAAAGAAUUAAAAGAAAGAAAACACAACCAGUUUAACAAGUUUUUGAAAUAAAAAGGAAAUAAAAUAAAAAAAUGAGCAAUAAAAGAAAGAUAGAUUUGAUGUGUUCCCCAGAAACUUUUAAACGUGUUAGUAAUGAUACAGAGUUUAGGAACGCUUUGGCAAGUGGUAUCGAGGGGAUUGAGGAAUGUGACGAGUUAAUUUUUUCGCCGAAUGUUGUUUCCGACGAAAGCAUGGAGGAGCCACUUGUGUUUAACCCGAUCUUUGAGUCUCAAUGCCAACUCGAAGAAGGCUGUGAACCACAAAGCCCAGAGCCCGACGGCAAAAAGUCCAUUUGGUUGGAUUCCUCAACAAAACUUUUAAUUAACAAAUAUAAGGAUUUGCGGCCUUUAGUCGGAAAAGUGGCUUCGCUAAAAAACAAAAAACAGAUGUGGACAAAGAUUUCAGAGGAGCUUAAGGCGAAUGGGCAUGAUUUUACCAUAGCGCAAGUGGAAAAUAAGUUUUAUAGUUUGGAGCGGCAAUACAAGAACAUGCAGCUUCAUAAUUCAAAAACUGGUCGUGAUCGACAGACAUGUCCCUAUAAAAGUGAACUUGACGGAAUAUUUCUGGAGAAAAAGUCAAUAAAUCCCGAAUAUGUGUUGGACAAG